GGGGGUGAAGGGGCCGGUAGGAAGCGCGGGGCGGGGCUGGGCCCGGUGUCGGGAGCCCGGGGAGCCGCUGGAAGGGAGCGGCGCUGGUCGGGGGGUGUGUGUGUGUGUCCGUGUCCGUCCCACCCCGCCGUGCCCAGGGCGGUGGAGCCCCAGCCCGCUCCUCGCCUGAGGGGAGGGAGCCGCGGCCCCGGCGGAGGGAGCGCCCUGCUUCAGUGAGGGGCUGAAAGAAGGGGGGGACCUGCCCCGCGGCCCCCGGGCACAAAAUGGCCAUCGCGGCGGUUACCGAGGCGGAAACGCGGCUCUGUGGGAACUGCAAAAAGGACAUUCCUGCUGUUAAUUUCAUCAUCCAUGAAAUCCACUGUAGCAGAAAUAUUGAAGUAUGCUGCUACUGCAGUGAAUCCAUCCCGAAGUCUGAAAUGAAGAACCACAUUGAGUCUGAGCACGUGCAGGUUACCUGCAAGUGUAGGAUGAAGAUAGAAAACAGUCUCCUGAAGGAUCAUGAGGCGUCAGCGUGCCCUCUGCGGCCUGCCCUCUGCCGGUACUGUGACAUACAGCUUACCUUCAAGGAGCUGCUGGACCAUGAAGUUUACUGUGGAGCCAGGACUGAGCUGUGUGGAGGUUGCGGUCGUAACAUCGUGGUCAAAGAUCUCCAAGAGCACCCUCGAGUCUGUGGGCAAGAGGUGAAGCAAGCGAGAGGAAGCAGAGCAGCGGCUCGCUUUGAGGAUGAGGAUGUAGUUUUGCGUGCCCUUCGAGAUGUCAGAAGGCAACUCAGAUCAGAGAAUGAACUGGAGCAGUUGGGGAGAAAUGAAGAUGCUCAUUCCUCACUCGACGAAGAGUGGAACCCUGACUUAGACUACGUGUUGGCUCUCAGCCUCCAGAAUGAGAAUCAUCAGCACAGGAACACUGCAGCCGAAAUUCCCAGUGACUUCUGGGAAAACUGCUACACCAAAGAGCCUGUGUCAUCUGCCCGUCGUAAUGGCAGAGACGAGUCGGAUAUCUUCUGUGACUCUUUCGUGCCUUUUAGCAUGUCAAACCAUGUAAAAAAUGAGGAGAUCAUCAUGUUGCCGUGUGAGUUUUGUGAGGAGCUCUACCCUGCUGAGGACCUGAUUCUUCACCAGACAGGUUGUAACCCAGCAAGUGCCUUUGCCUCAUUCAGUAAAAGAAGUUCUUCUCCAAAUCCAUGGGAAUACGAUGGUCUGCGUGCUGGUGGGUCCAAAGGCUUUGGGUCUCUCUCUUCGUCCCAACCCCACGCUGUCCAGGCAGAAGAAGACAUCAUCAUUCCGUGUGAAUUUUGUGGCAUCCAACUAGAAGAGGAGACACUCUUCCACCAUCAGCACCACUGCGACCUGCGCCCAGCCAGCCCUGCCACCAGCUUUCCACCUUGGCAGCCGCCGUCUCCACGGGCCGGCAGAGAGAGAAGAGGAUCAGCAGAGCUGGCUCGGAGACGGGCCCGGCACCAAGGGGAUGUUUCUCCUUGGAGCACGGGCGGCUUUGGGCAGCAGGAGCUGAGCUGUCCUGCACAAGGGCCCAAAUCCCGGAGUAGCACGGCACACGCCAGGAACACACCACUGGCCUCUUCCAUGAGAGCUGGAGAUGCUCCUGCCUCCAGAGGGAAGCCCAGGAAGGUGUCUGGCAAUGAGGGGAGGCCAAGGAACAGAGACACAGGCGAGCCUGCGGGUGGGACAACACCACGUGUGAGACCUGCUCGGAACUUCCAUGCAGAAGGCUUCACAUCCAGCAGCUCCAGAGCUUCACCAACCCAACCAAGGACCGGCAAUGGAGGAGGAAGGAGCCCUGGGACAUGGGAAUGUCCAGGCAGCCUCAGGUGCAGGAAUGCCAAGGCCAAAGCCCAGGGCUCAGCACCUGGACGGCCGGAGGAGCAGAGGUCCACCACUGAUGAGAAGCACGUUUAGCUCUACACGCUGUUACUACGCACUCUGGUACUUAUUUACGAGCGCAAGUAAAUUCCUCUAUUGCUGUGUCAUUGAAGACUUUCUAUGAAUUUAAAUUUUUAUAGGCAGUGUUUUAUAUAUAUAGCUGUAUUUUUAAUUUGUGAGAGUAUAUUACAGGCUUUUACUGCUGUGCUCUAUCCUGGACCCCAUCCCAAGACAUCAACUUGGGCAGCACCUGCGUCAUGUUUCCGUAAGGGCUCUUUGUGCCACCCAGUGAAGGAGUUUUUGCCAUUCAGGGCUGGGAGCUCCCACGUGUCUGUCAGAGGCCAGGCUCUGGCUGUCUCUGCACCGUGGGGUCCGGGAUGGAACCCCAGGGGCUGGCUCACUGCAUCCUCUGCACCAAGCCCUGAAGCUCCGUGUUGUGUCUGCCUGAGGCGCCCGGCCCCGGGUGCUCCCAGGGGGCACAGGGAGGGGGUUCUGGGUGGCACAGGACAAGCCCUGAGCCCCUGGGGUCUUUGCAAACGCUUUUCCCUGCUGUGUUUUAGAGUCCAGGCUUUUAAAAUUCCUUGUAAUAAACUUUAUCUAACGCUGUCCCCAAA